AUGGCUUCCAAAUUUCUCUGUCAAUGCACUUGUUUUGCUUUGGUCUUCAUAAUGGGGGCUUUGAUUUCUCAAACGACAUCUCGCUCUCUUCCAGAGGCAUCGAUGUAUGAGAGGCAUGAACAAUGGAUGACUCAAUAUGGACGUGUGUAUAAAGAUAGUGACGAGAGGGACAAUCGUUUCAAAAUAUUCAAGGAAAAUGUUGAGAGAAUAGAUUCAUUUAAUAAGGCUGCAAACAAGCCUUACAAGCUUGGUGUCAAUCAAUUUGCAGAUCUCACAAAUGAAGAGUUCGGAGCACACAAUAGACUCAUGAGGCGUGUUUGCUCCACGGAGGCAAUCUCCUUCAAAUAUGAAAAUGUGACUGCAGUGCCAACAACUAUGGACUGGAGGAAGAAAGGAGCAGUAACACAGAUCAAAGAUCAGGGCCAAUGUGGUUGUUGCUGGGCAUUUUCUGCGGUGGCAGCUGUGGAAGGAAUCACUAAAUUAAAAACAGGUAAGCUAAUAUCUUUGUCCGAGCAAGAGCUGGUUGAUUGCGACACCAGUGAAGAUCAAGGUUGUGAGGGUGGUCUCAUGGACAAUGCUUUCACGUUCAUCCAAAACAAUCAUGGCCUUACGACUGAAGCUAAUUAUCCCUAUGAGGGAACUGAUGGUACUUGCAGUGGCACCAAAGAAGCAAAUCAUGCAGCGAAGAUAACAGGGUACGAGGAUGUGCCUGCCAAUAGUGAGAGUGCACUACUUAAAGCAGUUGCAAAUCAACCAGUCUCUGUUGCCAUUGAUGCUGGGGAAUCUGACUUUCAGUUCUACUCGAGUGGUAUAUUUACAGGGGAGUGUGGUACCGAACUAGACCAUGGUGUUACUGCUGUUGGUUAUGGCACCAGCGAUGAUGGGACCAAGUAUUGGCUAGUGAAGAACUCAUGGGGUACAAGUUGGGGUGAGGAAGGCUACAUAAGAAUGCAAAGAGAUGUUGAUGCAAAGGAAGGCCUGUGUGGUAUUGCAAUGCAAGCUUCAUAUCCCACUGCAUAG